UUUCUCCUUUGCAAUAUCAUAUUCCUCUUUUGCGCUUUGUUCACGUUGACGUAGUACUCCAUCUUCUAUUCGUUUUUUGUAUAUUACAUUUUUGAAGAUGGCUCGUACCAAACAGACUGCUCGUAAAUCGACUGGUGGAAAAGCUCCACGAAAACAAUUGGCUACUAAAGCUGCUCGCAAAAGUGCACCCGCUACAGGGGGGGUUAAAAAGCCUCAUCGUUAUCGUCCAGGCACCGUUGCACUUCGUGAAAUACGUAGAUAUCAGAAAAGUACCGAAUUAUUGAUCCGAAAGUUACCAUUCCAACGGCUCGUUCGUGAAAUAGCUCAAGAUUUUAAAACCGAUCUUCGUUUUCAAAGUUCUGCCGUAAUGGCUUUACAAGAAGCGAGCGAGGCGUAUCUUGUUGGUUUAUUCGAAGAUACCAAUCUCUGUGCUAUCCAUGCCAAACGUGUUACAAUAAUGCCAAAGGAUAUUCAAUUGGCUAGAAGAAUUCGAGGAGAGAGAGCUUAAAUACCAAGUCCUCCCUCCCUCACCACCAAAAAAACGGCCCUUAUUAGG